ACUCGAUUAAAGCAAUACAAGAACUAUGAGAACCUAUCUCGCUCUCGGGUGGAUCUUGACAAGGAGUGCCUCGAAGUAAGGAGAGGAAAUGCCUUCUAUGACUUCCAGUUCAAUACAAGGAUUGUCAAAUCAACAAUUGUGCAUUUUCAGGUAGACUUUGUUCGCCUCUACAAACCAUAUGGCAAGUGUUUUCUUUUGUCCAUCUGCAUUUUCCCCAAAUCGGGAUAUCGAGCUGAUUUACAUUUUCAACUCAUUUCUUAAUGAAAUCGUAUUCCAACUUAUUAUGAUGCUGUUAUUCUGAUGAUCUUGUUGCUUUUAUUUUAUUUCAAGGUUCCAUUUGUUUUUUAAGAGCUGUUUUAUAGAAUGAGUUGAUCAUUUGUUUCACAACUUAGUGGUAUAAACUUGACAUGGCUAUCUUGCGUACUCAAACAAAUUUUGUUUUCGAAUCGCAACUCUGGCCGAAAAUAUUAAAAUAAUAUCGAGGACCAUGACAAUUUGGUUGUGUAGAAGUCUAAUUUAAUUUCUUCCGACGCCACUAGAAAACAACAAAGUAAAAGAGGUUUUGCCGGUUCAGAAAUUUUCACACACGAGACUCUCGUUUUGUACCUUGCAUCAACAGCACCCAGAAUAUUGAGGAUAGAAAUUUCUAUGUAAUUUUUACCUUUGAUUCUUGAGCAAGGUACUUGCAAAUUUUCAUAUUUCAAGCUUUAAGACAGAAUUUUAUUCACUUAAUUGUCUUCUCCAGGUCUUUCUUACAUGACAAGGAGGCUUACUUUUGAGUUGCAAACCCUUACUGCGAUCUAUUUAUUAGCGUUUUCUUAAAAAAAAAGAAGAAGAAGAAGAUUAAUCUUUUAAAAGUAUUACUCAAAUACACGCCAGAUAUUCUUUUGAACUUACAAGAUGCUUUCAAGUCAAGUUAUGGAUAUGGUUUCAUUAACGCUAUGGUAUUGCUUGGCGUUCUUAAAACCAGUGACUUCUUGUGAGAGAGGGGAAGAGAGUUUUCCAUAAUUCCAUCCAUAUGGCAUGCUUGUAUGUAAUAGAAUAAUGAUGCACUAACAGCCAACUGUCCGCAUCUCUCUGGACCUGAAACUUCAAAUAAUUCAGUCUUUUAAGUUAAUCAACGAUGCAAAUAACUAUCCGUAUAGUUUCUUACCGGAAUCUUAGCACUUUCCUGCUGUAUUAACAGUUGACCUACCAAACUCUUGCAGUAUUACAUGGCACAGUGCAAUUAAGCUGUCUCAUGCACCAAUUUUUCCAUUAGAAGAUAGAUGUUGAUUAUUUUACUCUCUGGUUACAUCCGAGGAAAAACUUGUGUCUUUUCUUUUUUUUGGGGGGGGCCAUCACAACAUGCAGUUGAUGAAUUAAGCUCUGGUGUCCUCUAUGAAUGCUGCUUACUCUAAUUAUGCUUUUGCUUGUGUGAUUUAUAUGUAUUUGGGCACUUAGUUUUUGCAUUUAAGUUGUAACUAUCUUCGUAUUUGUGAUAUAAUUAUGUCAUUUAACCUCUUUGUGCAUUUAGGCUUGCUAUUUCUCUCUGUGUCAGCUUUUAAAGCAGGUGGAAAGUGAGCGGCUUGGCAGGACCUUUUUUUAUGCUGAGGAAUUUGUUGUGGGCAACAUCGAAGCAUGAUGUAUAUGUUACACAAAACUACUCUGUGAUGCAUUGGUCAUCUUUACUCCGAAGGAGUAAAGAAGUACUUAAUGUGGCGAAACCGAUUGUUCCAACUGUUAAGCGCCCUGAGUUUUUGGCUCAACCUGUCUCCAGAGUACAAAUAAGCACCAUGGCUGUUGGGAAAAAUUUAAUGGUAGCUGGUGGUUUCCAGGGUGAGCUUAUUUGCAAGAAUCUGAAUCAAUCUGGAGUUGCUUUCUGCAGUAAAAUAACUACCGAUGAUAAUGCUAUAACCAAUGCUGUGGAUGUUUACCACGAUCCCAGUGGGUCAUUGAAGGUCAUGACAGCAAAUAAUGACGCCCAAGUUCGGGUUUUCAAUGCUGAUAAUUUUGCUUCUCUUGGUUGCUUCAAAUAUGACUGGUCUGUCAACAGUAUUUCUGUCAGUCCCGAUGGAAAAUUGUUAGCUGUUCUUGGGGAUAGUGCUGAGGGUUUGAUAGCUGAUGCUGACACCGGAAAGGUUACUGGGAGCCUGACAGGACACUUGGACUAUUCUUUUGCUUCUGCUUGGCACCCAGAUGGGCGAGUAUUGGCUACUGGGAAUCAGGAUACAACAUGUAGGUUGUGGGACAUCAGAAAUCUUUCACGCUCCGUCGCUGUACUCAAGGGAAGAAUGGGGGCAGUAAGAGCUCUAAGGUUCACUUCCGAUGGACGGUUUUUGGCUAUGGCUGAGCCAGCAGAUUUUGUCCAUAUUUUUGACUCUCGCAGUGACUACAAACAAGGACAAGAAAUUGAUUUAUUUGGUGAGAUCGCUGGUAUUUCCUUUAGUCCGGACACGGACGCUCUGUUUGUUGGUAUUGCUGAUCGUACUUAUGGAAGCUUGUUAGAGUUUAACAGGAAACAUUUUAAUCAAUAUCUAGACUCCGUCUUUUAGAGGAGUUUCUACAACCUGUACAGCAAGCCUCUCAUGCGUAUCUAUUAGCGUGGAUACUUAAAAAGGGCCUUGAUACUGCUUUUUGAAGUUGUUUUUUCCGCAGUUCCUUUUUCAUUUGCUUCUGAAUUUGUGGUUAAGCAAGUUGUAAAUUUUGUCCUUGAUGAGCUGUACCUGUUAAGGCAUCUUGACUUUUCAAAAGCUGGAUCAGAUCAUUUGUGUUUUUUUUUUGUCCCGGGUGAAUGUGAUUGCGAUCAAUUUUGUAUCUGGACUUGUUCACGUUGUUGUGUGCAUCCUACAUUUCGAAGAUUCGUUUGACUGUUGACAAAAUUUUA